AUGGCUAUCAUUUCAGACUCGGUAGCUUUCCUAGUACAACAUACACCAAGUAUUCUUCUUCUUGUGGUAGUAGCUCAUUUCACCCGCAACUACUUUACACCAGGAGUAUCAUCCGUGCCUGGUCCUUUUUUUGCCAAGCUAUCCAAUCUCUGGAGGUUCAUCGAUGUGGCCCAUGGCCAUGCUGAGGUCACUCACCAAACACUCCAUCAAAAGUAUGGUGACUAUGUCCGAUUGGGUCCAAAGGUAGUGAGCGUGCGAGAUUUGGACGCUCUCAAGAUAAUAUAUGGUAUCAAUAAAGGCUAUAACAAGACCGAUUUCUACAGAGUCCAACAGCAACUUGCCAAUGGCAAGCCGACACCUACAUUAUUCACUACAACAGAUGAAGACUUUCAUGCCUCGAUCAAGCGGCCCAUCUCGGCCGCGUACUCUAUGAGCACCUUGACGGAGUUCGAGCCAUUCGUUGACACGAUAAUUCACACGUUGUUCCGAAGGCUAGAUGAGUUCGCUGCCCAGAGGAAAGUCUGUGAUAUCUCGGCCUGGUUACAGUACUAUGCCUUUGAUGUGAUUGGCGAAUUGACAUUCAGCAAGUCUCUUGGGUUCUUGGAGAAGGGAGGUGAUGUAGAUGGGAUCAUUACCGCACUCGAACAUAUGCUUGACUACUCCGGAAAGAUCGGUCAAAUGCCAUGGUUGGAUUAUUUGUUCAUCAAAAAUCCUCUGAGGCAACUUGUCCAAGGAGGGUCCACUGGAGCGGUGGCUCUCUUUGCGCGUGCCCGACUUGACGAGAGACUUCAACAAGCACCACCAGAGUCAAAAAGUGGCGGUGGGUCACCAUCACCAUUACACAAAGACUUUCUUGCUCGCUUCCUGGAUGCAAAGCGAGAUCACCCCAGUGUAGUCACCGAUAAUCAAAUGUUCUCCUACACCGUGAGCAACAUGAACGCGGGCUCUGACACAACAGCCAUUUCCUUACGCGCGAUCUUAUACUAUACUCUCAAGAACCCAAAAGUCUUGUCGAAAGUGAACCAAGAACUCAACAUGGCCUACGAAGAAAACAGAAUCACCCUACCCGUCUCCUGGAAGCAAAGCCAAGAGGAACUGCCGUACCUUGACGCCGUGAUCAAGGAAGCCCUCCGUUUGCACCCGGCCGUGGGACUGCUUUUGGAGCGCGUCGUCCCCACUGGUGGUUUACAGCUGCCCAAUGGUGGGCCCUUUUUACCAGCCGGGACAAUCGUCGGUGCCAAUCCCUGGAUAGUCCACCGACAUUCGCUUUUCGGAAAAGAUGUCGACUCCUUUACUCCCGAAAGAUGGCUGCAGGCGAAGACGGAGUCGGACACUGAGUUCAAGACACGCAAGCAGCAGAUGCUCAGAGCUACUUUUACGUUUGGGGCUGGGCCGAGGACGUGUAUAGGAAAGAACAUUAGUCUUCUGGAGAUUUACAAGUUGAUCCCGUCCCUACUAUUGACCUAUAAGAUCGAGCUCGAGCACCCAGGACAAGAGUGGGAAACAACUAAUGCAUGGUUCGUGCGACAGAAAAACAUGGACGUGAAACUGACCCGCGGCGAUAUAUAG